AUGGGGAAAAGUAACAACCAUGGUCGCCAAAGCUGCACCAAGCAGUUUUGGAGGGCUGGGGAAUACGAAGGAGUUGCUCGCAACACCCGUAGAAACAUUGAUUUGUCUUCCACUAAUGGAUUCGAUCACGCGAGGAUGCACCCCAAGUUUCUGCACUCCAACGCUACGAGUCACAAGUGGGCUCUCGGAGCUUUCGCAGAGCUCUUAGACAAUGCACUGGACGAAGUGCACAAUGGUGCUACCUAUGUCAAUGUAGACGUGCUUGACAACAAGAAAGACGGAAGCAAAAUGCUCCUGGUUGAAGACAAUGGUGGCGGGAUGGACCCAGAGAAGAUGAGGAAGUGCAUGUCUUUGGGGUACUCGGAGAAAAGCAAGAAGAAAGACACCAUUGGACAGUAUGGAAAUGGUUUCAAAACAAGUACCAUGAGGCUUGGGGCUGACGUCAUCGUCUUCUCUCGUACAAGUGGAACCCAGAGCAUAGGGUUGUUGUCUUACACUUUCUUGAGGAGCACGGGAAAGGAGGAUAUUGUAGUCCCCAUACUGGACUAUGAGAGAAGACGAGGGAUUGCCACAGAGAUGUUACGAUCCUCAAGCGAAAACUGGAACAAAAAUUUGGAGACGAUACUCGAGUGGUCGCCAUUUGAGAGUGAGGAAGAGUUGAAAAACCAAUUUCGGAUGAUGAAGCAACAAGGCACUCGAAUAAUCAUAUACAACCUUUGGGAGGACGACGAAGGAAACUUGGAGCUUGACUUAGAUAGUGAAGCUCAUGAUAUUCAAAUGAGGGGAGUGAACCGGGAUGCGAAGAACAUACAAAUGGCUGAACAGUAUCCAAACUCUCGUCAUUUUUUGACCUACCGUCACUCUUUAAGGAGUUAUGCAGCAAUUAUCUACUUGCGGCUUCCCCCCAACUUCAGAAUCAUUCUUCGUGGCAAGGAUGUUGAGCAUCACAACAUUUUGAAUGAUUUGAUGUGGCCCCAGCACAUCACGUAUAGGCCUAAGCCCCUUGAAAAGGAGGAGACAUAUAUAACGAAGAAAACCAAGAAGGGAAAGAAGGAUACAAAUAUGGUUGCUGAGGUCACUCUUGGGUUUGUGAAAGAUGCAGAAAACCAUCUGGAUGUUCAAGGGUUCAACGUAUAUCACAGGAAUAGGCUGAUCAUGCCGUUUUGGAGGGUAUGGAAUGCUGCGGGAAGCGAUGGCCGCGGUGUUAUAGGUGUUAUAGAAGCUGAUUAUAUCAACCCGGCUCAUGAUAAGCAGGGAUUUGAGCAUACCGUACUUCUUGAUAGACUGAAGCAGAAGUUAGCAGAAGGGCAAAAGGAUUACUGGUGUACCAAUUGUCACAAAAUUGGCUAUGCUCCACGCCGCAAUAAGAAGGCUAUUAAUGAAGAAAGGGAAGCUGCUAAUAAGUCAGGUAACCAGGGUCAACCAGUUUUAGAUUCAAAUCCAGACACGUCCUCUUCACGCAUGAGAGCCGUUUUAGAUUCAAAUCUAGACGAAUCCUCUUCACGCAAGAGACCGGUUUUAGAUUCAAAUCUAGAGAAGUCCUCUUCUCGCAAGAGAUCACUCCCAGAUCCGAAUACAAAUGUAGCCCCACACAAAAGUCAAAAAGUUUCUUCAGACAAAUCUCCUAAUGGGAAUGGGAAUGGGAAUAUUCAGAAGAAAAUCACACUGCAGACAGCCACAAAAUCAUCAACCCGUCGCCCAGAAAUUGUGUCAGGAUUAAGUUCUUCUAGACCACAUGCUAACAAGCAUAAAGCAUCAUCACCAACACCCAAUGCCUUGUCUGGUAUUGCUCACAUGAAGGCUGCUACUUCCGAUAAGCAAGCGAAAGGAAGAAAUACCGAUAAGGCAAAGAAAAACUCUGAGAAGAACGUGGAUGAAGUGGUACAUCAUUCACACAUGGAAGAGGAUUCUCUAUCUGAACAAGAGCCUACACCAUGUGGAACCAAUAGUCCAACCACCACAAUAUCCAAGUCCAAGGGAAAUGAUGUCAAUGUCAGGUGUUCACCUUCAAAGGGUGAUUUAAGAGCGGUGGAGCAACCAAGAAAGGAGAAGCAAGGGAAUGUAGCUGCUGAUGUGCAGACUGAAAGAUGCAAGUCACGAAGAGACAAUGAGGAACUGAAUCAAGAGGAAAACAACUUAAAAAAACAGUUGUUGAAUGCAUCUAAUACUAUUCGAGAACUGCAUACACAACUCCAGAAGGCAAAUGAAGAAAUUAAGAAACUGAACAUGCAACAAGACGAGAGAGCACGACGAGACAAAGAAGAAAACAGCUUAUUGAAGAACCAACUAGAAAAGGCAAAUGAAGAGAUUUCUGAACUGAACAAAAUACAAAAAGCUCUGAUUGAGCUGUUGCAGGAGGAGCGAGAUAAAGUUGAGGCACUCAACCCGAAAGGUUGUUAA